AUGCGCAUGAAGGAGAGUGAGCGCGAGCACUGCGGCUGCGAGCUCCCACCCCCAGCGCAGGAGGACAUUUCCGUCGAAGCCAUGCUGAACUACCUGGACCCUAACCCGCGGCCAUUGCUGGGCAUGGCGUCCGAGACGAUGCCGAUAUAUGAUGCUCGCAACUCAACAGCGAUUUUUUUUUCACUUGAGAAGAACGGUUUCCAGAUGUCUGAUAUGGACCUGGAUGGGGUGCCAUGCACCAGCAUGGAAGUACUGAAGGAUGCAGGGAUAAGCAAGAUCACAGACCGAGUGACGGCAGUGCUCAAGAGAGAGAUUCCAUCAGCAAGCCACAUCAUCCCGUUUGAUGUGAAGGUUCGCGAGGGUGGAAUGCUGUCUCCCUUGGUACCACAUGCUUUACGGGCCUUUCCCGCUGGUGAAGCGCCGCCCGCCAACGGCUCUGUGUAUGGUCCCGCCGCUUCUCCCUGCAAGGUGGUGCAUGGCGACUAUACGCACAACAGUGCUAUGGCCAGGGUCAUGGCCAUAAGUAUGCUGCCGGGACCCACAGGCGAAACGUUAUUGAAACCAGAGCAGAGGAAGGCAUUGCUGCAGGGUGAAUGCAACUUCUGGUUUGUGAACGUUUGGGGCAACCUUGCUGAGCAGCCGCUCAGACGCGACCCUCUCGCCCUUUUGGACCAGCGCACUCUCAAUUCAGAGGACACCUUUGCCUGGACGCAGCGCGGGAGCAGCGGGGCAGGAGUAUGCGAUGGGUUUAGCAAAGGGGCCCCAGAAGAAAUUGUGGAGGAAAGUCGAGGAGUUCGUUUCUCUCCAAGGCACCGCUGGUACUACUGGUCCAACAUGUCCCGGCAGGAGGCUCUCAUCUUCAAGACUUACGACAGUGCCGAAGACUCCAGUCCACAAGUCUGCUUCCACUCCGCCUUCGUGCACCCUUCGACACCAGAAACCGCCCCCGGCCGCCAAUCCUACGAGGUGCGAUCGCUAGUGGUGAUUCCGCUUGUGGCUUAA